GUGUAUUUUUUUGCUGGAACUAUUUUGUGCGUAGUGAAAAUAAAUGCGUAUGGAGAUGUGAUGAUUCGUGCUUGUCAUGGAUAUGCGCGCAGUGUUUCAGGUUAUGUUUAUAGUCAAAUCGGUCUUUAAAUAGUUCUGAAGAGAGUGAAACAUUAUUUCUUGAAAGGUGCGUGAAAACUUUUUUAUGGUGACUUUUUAAUCGAGAACUAAUUUAUUAGCAUUCUAAAUAUUGCUACAAGAGAAGAUUUCUAUGAUUCAACAGACGACAGUCUUAAAAAAGGAAGGUAAUUACAAUGUGAUGUUCAUCAAAAAGAAGUUCCAUACGGGUACUUGUUUUAUCUUUGCCCGUGGGCAAGAUAAGAAAUUGUGGUAUGGUUAAAUUUUUGGAUCUACUAAUCUGAGGUGGGAGACAUAAACAUCAAAAUUAAUGUUCUAGGUAAACAUUCUUGGCAGUAUUUAAUUUAUCAUUUAUAACCAAGAGACACGAUGGACGAGUCUUUGGAGCAUAACAAGCCAAACCCGGUUCUUACGGCGAAUCCAAUUUCAAAACUGUUUUUCUGGUGGAUGAACCCUCUGUUCAGGAAAGGCUAUGUAGGACAACUGGAGGCUGAGGACAUGUAUAAUGUGGUCGAGGAGGAUCAAUCAGGCAGACUUGGAGACCAGCUUGAAAAAGAAUGGGCAAAAGAGGUUGCCAAAGAACAAGCUGGUGGCGGUAAACCAAAUUUGCUAUAUGCACUGAUUCGGAUGUUUGGGCUUGAAUACAUCCUAUUUGGGCUAGUUCUUAUGUGUGAGGAGACAUCGAGAUUAGUCCAGCCCCUGUUGCUAGGAGGUCUAAUUCGCUAUUUCACCCCCGGGCCCGAAGUAACGAAGACCGAAAGCCUUCUGUACGCGGGUGGGGUGAGCCUGUGCACUCUAAUCCUUGCCAUCACACAUCACCCUUACUUUUUCGGCGUUCAGAGGAUCGGGAUGAAGAUAAGAAUUGCGUGUAGCUCUCUAUUGUAUAGGAAGGCUUUGCGGUUAAGUAAUGAGGGAUUGACUGGGACAACGACAGGCAAAAUUGUCAAUCUUGUUUCAAACGAUGUGAACAGAUUAAGUCAGCCUGUGUCAUUUCUACACUAUCUGUGGAUUGGUCCCCUGGAAGCGAUAGUUGUACUAGCAUUACUAUGGAGAGAGCUUGGCCCAUCCACAUUUGCUGGCUUUGCUGUCAUGUUGUUGUUGAUUCCUGUCCAGGUUUGGAUGGGAAAGUUGUUUUCAAGAUUCAGACAAAAAACAGCCGGAUACACCGAUGAACGUGUUGGGCUUAUGAAUGAAAUCAUUGCAGGAAUGCGUCUCAUAAAGAUGUAUUGCUGGGAAAAGCCGUUUGGUGAUCUUGUUAAGAAAGUUAGAAGAAACGAGGUGCAAGUACUUAGGAAGAUUUCAUAUUUAUCUUCCUCGUGGGAAACCGUGACAAUCAGUGGACGACAUCUGUUCGUAUUUGCUGUAGUUGUCUUGCUGGUAGCUUCAAGAGAACCUUUGCGUGCUAGAUCAUUAUUCGUCGUCAUUGCAUUAUUCAAUGAGAUCGGAAAAAUCAUACUACGAUUCACUUUACCUGGUGUAAGAAAUUCAAUUGCUGCUCAAGUCAGCCUCAUCAGGAUUCAGAAUUUUUUAUUACUGAGUGAACACCCUUGUACAAGCUCUCCAGGAAAUGAUGGAGAAAGUGUGACGCCUGCUGAUUGUAUGGUUGAUAUUGACAACGUGUCCGCUAAAUGGGACCAGGAGCAGGAACAACAAACAUUGAAGAAUGUGUCUGCCAAAGUUGAACCUGGCAAGUUGUUGGCUGUGAUAGGCCCAGUUGGAGCUGGCAAGUCUUCUUUGCUGAUGGCAAUAUUACAGGAGCUUCCAAGCUCCCAGGGGCAGAUCACUCUGAAAGGGCGUGUAGCGUAUGUAUCGCAGCUUCCAUGGGUGUUCUCUGCUACCCUUCGACAAAACAUAACGUUCGGGAACAAGUACGAGAAAGCAAAGUAUGACCGCAUUAUAAAGGCUUGUGCUCUCAAUAAGGAUAUAGCCAUCAUGCCCCACCGUGACCUGACCCUGAUUGGUGACCGGGGAAUAAGCCUGAGUGGGGGUCAAAAGGCAAGGGUAAGCCUCGCCAGGGCCCUGUACAUGGACGCGGAUGUGUACCUGCUAGAUGAUCCGCUCAGUGCUGUUGAUACUGCAGUGGGCAGGCACUUAUUUGAAAAUGUAGUUCAGGGGUAUUUGAAGACGAAACCAAGAAUUCUAGUCACGCAUCAACUUCAAUAUUUAAAAGAGGCAGAGCAAAUACUUAUCAUGAAAGAGGGAGAGAUGAUAGGAAGAGGCACUUUCCAAGAACUGUCCAAAUCAGGAAUAGAUUUCUCCUCCCUUUUAAAACAUGAGGAAGACGAACUUGAGGAAAUUCACUCAGAUCCAGGCUUAGUUGGCAUCCAGGCGGUACAGCGCAAACGUUCCAGUUGCACUCAAAGCAAGUCAAAUAGCAAGCUGUCUGUCUCCGAUGACCAGCAGUCAAAUGAUCAGAAAGGCUGGAUUCAUGUUCCAGAAAUUCUCUGCAUGAGUCUUGUAAGGGCUCUGUGGUAUCACUGGAAUCCGUUGGGGCUGAAUCUGAUGUCUAAUCAAGAAGAAGCUCACUAUGCAGCCAUUGAAAAACAUGCAAGUCUAGUUGCCGAUGGUUAUAAUGUCACCAACGUUACCAUUCCGAAAGUGGACGCCAACUUUAACAUUGCAGUCUACAGUGGAAUUAUGGUUGCAAUGUUUCUGUUUGGCAUUCUGCGGGCUCUAAUGUUCUUUAAGAUCACAAUUGACGCCUCGCAAGCUCUACACAAUACAAUGUUUACCAGCAUACUACGAUCACAUAUUGGAUUUUUUGACAAAAACCCUGUAGGUCGUAUACUGAACCGAUUUUCCAAGGAUAUUGGCAAUAUGGACGACCAUCUUCCACACACGUUCUUUGAUUUCACACAGUGCGCACUUCUUAUUCUGGGUGUUGUAUGCGUGGCUGGGGCCGUAAACCCGUGGGCGUUUCUGGUAGUAGGCCCGUUGAUUGUACUGUUCGUGUUUAUAAGGCGAUACUACAUACGCACUUCGAGGGAUAUAAAGCGACUGGUUGCAACAACACGAAGUCCAGUAUUCUCCCACCUGAGUGCCAGUCUGCAGGGUCUUCAUACAAUUCGGGCUUUCGGGGUCCAGAAGACAUUCAUCGAGGAAUUUGACGCGCACCAGGACCUGCAUACAGAGCCAUUGUUCCUAUCUUUCGCAUCGUCCAGAUGGCUCGCUAUACGUCUAGACUGGUUGUGUUUCGUGUUUGCGAGUGCCGUCUCGUUCUGCUGCGUUUUGACUGCUGAUUAUCUGAACGCUGGCCUAGUUGGCCUAUCUAUGACGUAUGCCAUUACCAUAAUGGGCAUGUUCCAGUGGGGUGUCAGGCAGAGUGUAGAGGUCGAAAACCAGAUGAUCGCAGUGGAGAGGGUGAUUGAUUAUGCAAGGCUACCUUCGGAGGCCCCACUAGAGAUCUCCGACGACCACAAGCCGCCCCCGUCCUGGCCUCAAAAUGGCGCAAUCACUUUAAAGAAUGCUUGUCUAAAAUACUCUUCGGAGGAACCAACAGUGCUGAAUAACCUCUCCUUUACUAUCAAGGCACGCGAAAAGAUAGGAAUAGUUGGGCGCACAGGAGCUGGAAAAAGCUCUCUGAUCACAAUGUUGUUCCGCUUGGUUGAGCCGACGGGUCAGAUCAUGAUAGACGGCGUUAAUAUACAAGAGAUUGGACUGCAUGAGCUACGAAAACAUAUCUCCAUUAUUCCGCAGGACCCAGUUUUAUUCAAAGGAUCCCUGAGAAGGAACCUUGACCCCUUCGGUAACCAUAGCGAUGAUGCACUGUGGCAGGCAAUAGAAGAGGUCCAGCUAAAGCAUGCCAUAGAUGAGCUCCCCAAAGGCCUAGAAUCGUCUGUGUCGGAGGGCGGAGUAAAUUUCUCCGUGGGUCAGCGUCAGCUUAUUUGUCUUGCGCGCGCAAUUCUCGGCAACAAUAAGAUCCUUAUGAUCGACGAGGCUACGGCGAAUGUCGAUACCAGGACAGAUGCAUUGAUCCAGCAGACCAUCCGGGACAAGUUUCGAGGAUGUACAGUCCUUACCAUCGCUCACCGCCUUCACACAAUAAUGGACUCCGACAAGCUUCUUGUAUUAGAAGAUGGGAAGAUUGAGGAAUUUGAUUCCCCAUACAUGCUGUUGAAAAGGGAAGAUGGGUUAUUAAAACGUCUCGUUGAACAGACAGGAAGAGCAGAGACCGCUCGCCUCGUGGAAAUAGCAAGAACGGCGUUUGAGACGCACAACAACACGCAUGUUGACGAUGAAAGCUUGGGAGCAAAUCCGGUGGUAAUAAAAAGGCCAAUUUUGGAACAUGACGUCUCCGAUGAGCAGCCUACGAGAGAGGAACAGCAGUCAGCAUCAGAAAGCUCAGAUAGUGAAGAUGAAAAGCAAGGUCUUCUGACUGAGGCAAAGAAAGACUAAUAACGUAAUCAGUACGUCCGUAUAAUUAUAUAGAAUCACUUGACCUACUUGAAUCUUACUGAUUCUUGUCCUAAUCCAAAAAUCAGAACUAUGUGUUGUAAAUCAAUAGAUAAUGUUGAUGCCAGGGCACCUGCUAACACCAUUACUAUUAACCUUUUUUCCUAGGUCACCAUUGUUUACUAAAGCCCCAGAAUUAAAUCAAACAUUCAGACUAGAUAUAAAUGCUAACGGGUCUAGAAAAGGAUGCGCAUAUAGACGGACAGUUACUGCACUUGCUUUAGAGAUGAGUUCAUUAAGUUACUCAGUUGCAUUUGUUAUUGAGCAACAUUGAAACAAAAUACAUUGAAACAAAAUACACUUAUCGUGAUAUUACUCAUGGAUUUUGUUCUUAAUAUUUUGGUUUUUCAAAACAAUAGUUGUACAUGAUCUUUAAAUUUACGAGUGUUUGUUGAAGAUUUUAUACUUUAAUAUUUUUUCUUCUUAAAUGUUUCACUUUGUGUGUGUGUGUGCGUGUGUGUGUGUGUGUGUGCGUGCGUUUAAUGUUUGUGAUAUUUAGGCAUGAUAUUUGUUUUAAUUUAUUUUACUAAAUGAAUUAAAAUGAACUAAAAGAAGGAACUUGAAGUGAUACUGCACAACAGAUCAACCAACCAAAAAAUUAUUACCUACUUCUCCAGUUGUAGACGAGAUCAUUGUCCCUUGCCAACCACACGUGCGUAUCUGAAGCUCAUAGAUACAGCAGUACAAUACAAUAUAUUUUAAUAUUUUUAAUUAUAAUAUCAAUAAAAAAAUGAGUUGUUAACUAAUUAACAACGGCUCAAUUAAGACAAUACGUACAAAAGUUUGUUCAAUAAAAUGAUAGCAAUUCGUUUAGUAAACGGUAAAUUCGUUGUGAUCUGUUCAGGCUGUAAUCGAUUCAUUUAUUCUGCUAAAGAUUCGUUUUGUGAAAAAACAUCAUAUACAGUGGAAACAUUUUAGAAAAUCUGGUGUAAUGCUUUGUUAUGUUUAUUUUCUUUAUUAUACACAUGUAUUGUAACUUUCAAAUGUUUAAUCAUUCAAAUAAUCC